AUUUUUGUGUUGGGUUGGAUUUUUAUUUAAAUAUAUCGCCAACCCGACCCAACCCAAUUAGAAACAAACCGUAGGGUUUAGAUUUUUUUGAUUGGGUUUGGGUUUAAUAUUUCCCAAACCGUAGUGCAUGGGUCGGGUGAUUAAAAUGUCUAAACCCGGACCACCCGACCCAUGUACACCCCUACCACGGAUGGCACAUUAUAUCCUCCGUGCUCCUCACCACUCUCGGUGAAUGCCUCCUCCGCACUCCUCGUCGGAGGAAGACGACAAGAUCCCCGUGGAGGAGUCAGAAUCGUCGUCAUCUCCGGCCGCCGCAACCACCAACUCCACCGCGGCCUCCAAAUUCUUCGCCGCCAGCCUCUCCUUCACCAUCUUCACCAGCUCCUCGGGCAUGUCACCGAAGCAGUCUAUGUACGUCAUCAGAUCCCCUGCCGACAGGGUCGCAACGGCGGCGGCCGCAGACUCGUCGCAGCAAUUUUACGCGGCGGGAGAGAUUUCCCCCACCAGCCUCCCUUCCGAGUCCAGAAUCGCCACGGAUGUCUGCUUGAUUAGAGAUUGGGAGAUCAAGGGAAGGGCGGACGACGCCGGGUCGUCGUAAUGGACGGCCAGGAUCGAUUCCUUGUCGACGAUGCCGAGCGAUUCGACGGUUCGAUUCGGGAGGGGAGAGAAGAUGCCGAUGCAAUUGAGGAGGUAGCGGAUUAUGUCCUCCUGCGUCAGCCAGCAGAACUCGCGGCCGUCGUGGAGGGUGGAAUUGGGGCAGCUCCUCUGAAUCAGCUUCUUCCUCGACGAGAAAUGGCUGUGGAAUGGAAUCACCAGAUUCUGCGGGUUAUCGGGGAGGAAGAAUAAUGGAAGAUAGGGUUUGUUUGGGUUUGAUCGAAAAUGAAAGAAGGUGAGGGGAUAAGGUAGUGGGUGGCCAAAAUGUUUUUGUUUUUUUCUUUAUUAUUCAAUUUUGUAAAAGAAAUAAAAAGAAUAAUGAAAUUAUAAUUUUUUU